AGCUACUCGCAAGCAUUCAACACUAUACCGGGAGCGGUCUUAAUAUCACCGCAUUUGCCACUAGCCGCAAACUUCUUUUGCACAUAAUGUCGGGUUCCAAUCCAUUUGCGCAUUAUUAACGCUAUAACAUUGUGUCCUAGGGGCAGAGAUGGUGAGGGGCGGAGAUGGUGAGGGGCGGAGAUGGAUGUUAUUUGAUGCUCCAUCGAGCGUAGAUGAUCAGGCAGGACACCAGACUGCCAUGGUAUAAAAGACAUACAAAACCUGCCGCUGUCCAGUUAAGAAAUCACACUUUUUGAGCAGCAGUAGCAGCAGCAAAAACGAUAAACGCCACUCGAAACGGUUCUCUCAACAGGAAAAUGGGCAGUGCCUGGACUAAGCUCAUCCCCCCCGCGGCGCAUCUAACGGAGAAGAAUCUGCCAGACCAGACAGGCAAGGUCUUCAUCGUCACUGGCUCCUCCUCUGGCGUGGGCAGGGAGCUUGCGCAGAUUCUGUACUCACACAAUGCCAAAGUCUAUGUUGCCGCUAGGUCGGCUAGCAAAGCUGCCGCAGCCAUUCAAUCCAUCAAGACCAACUUCCCCAAUGCUAAAGGCGAAUUAAUCUUCUUGGACCUCGAUCUUAGUGACCUCGAAACGAUCAAGCAAUCCGCCAACGAGUUUCUGACCAAGGAGAGCAGGCUGGACGUGCUCUUCAACAACGCCGGCGUCAUGUGUCCUCCGCAAGGGAGCAAAACGAAGCAGGGCUACGAAUUGCAGAUCGGGACGAACAACCUCGCGCCGUACCUCUUCUCGAAGCUCCUGACUCCGCUCCUGCUUAAGACUGCAAAGACCGCCCCGGCAGGCUCGGUGCGCAUUGUCUGGGUGAGCUCCGCCGCAGCAGAGAUGAUGUCUCCUCAGGGAGGUGUGAACAUGCAGAACCUGGACUACAAGGUCGACCAGAGCAUGUGGUACAAGUACGGUGUGAGCAAGGCGGGAAACUACUACCACGCCACGACGUUCGCCAAGAAAUAUGGGAGCGAGGGUCUCAUCAGCGUUGCUUGCGAUCCAGGCAAUCUGAAGACCGAUCUCCAGCGAAACAUGUCUAAAUUGCAUCUCCUCCUCAUUGGCUGGUCUCAAUACCACCCGAUAUACGGCUCAUAUACCGAGAUGUUCAGCGGCCUGUCACCAGAAGUGACGUUGGAGAGAAAUGGAGCCUGGAUCGCUCCUUGGGGCCGAUUCGUAGAUAUCAGGAAAGACCUCGCCGCUGGUCACAAGACCAGGGCCGAGGGCGGCACGGGCAUCGCCGACGCCUUUGCCGAGUGGACUGAAGAGCAAAUAAGGCCGUACCAAUAGCCGAGUUGCACAAUGAUCUCUGGUUGUGCCAGCAUCGAGCCUUCUCCUGUCGAUGUUCUGACAGGUAUCAAGAGAAAAUAGUCGACGUGUAUAAGAUUAAAGCUCAUUCUAAAUAACCUAUUCGUAAGAACUGUGACAGGAAGCAAGUUUUUACGCGUACUUCGUAAGAGAGACAGCGAGG